AUGGUUAAGAGCACUCUUCAAGUGGGCACUGCUAAAAGGCGGAUGUGGUGUAACUAUAACCCUCCCAUCUUCAAUCCACGCAUCCGACUUUUUCAAGUUCCCUCCAAUGUCUGCCCUCCUCUCACAAACGCACAGGUCAUAGGCGGGUUAGCUGAUGAUACGACGCAUCCUUAUGUGGUGAUUAUCUACAAAUCAGCAGUCUACAAUUUUGAGGAACGGAGACAAUUGCGCAAAAUAUACCAUCCAUCACGCAUCGGUGCCAACAUCCACCUUAUCUUCUCCAUCGGAUUGCCACAAACUUCACCAGGCAACGUGUUUCAACGAGACGGAUUCAAUAUAACCCUCUCAAAUAGAGCAGGAAAAAAGAUGUUGGCACAUUUACGUUUUCCACUUAGAACAAAAAGGCUUCUUUUAAAGGAAUUGUACGAACACGACGACUUACUGGUUGGUGACUACGAAGAUACCUACUACAACUUGACACUGAAACUCUUCCACACAUUCCAGUGGGCUGCUCGAUUCUGCAGACCCUACAAACCAAUCUUCGUCUUCCUUGACGACGACUAUGCAGUGAAUAUCAACAAGUUAGCCAAUUUCGCUCGAGGCUUAACACCGGAACUGCGAGACAAUCUGAGUCAUGGUUAUAACGUGACGGUGAAUCCUGUCUUCAGGUACUCAAGCAAGUAUCCACAGUGGGCAUUCUCGAAGCGCGAAAUUCCUUGGCCUUUACACACACCAGAGCACUUGGGCAUCUACAGUGUGUGGAGCUACCGUCAUGUGCACGACAUGGCACUGGCAAUGCACUUCACCAAACCCAUGGUCAUUGACGACACGUGGUUGGCGAUGGUGCAGUACAAGUUGAACCUCACAUUCACGAAGUUGAAAGGCAUGCUCUUUCUAGAUUUUCCGCAGUCUGACCGACUCAGUUGUUCAGAUAUCUUCUUUGCUCCAAUUUGGAUGUUUCAACGACGCGGAUGUGCCUUAUAA